AUGUCGUCCAGCGAGAAUGCCUGGCCGCCUCCACCACCGGCAGGAGAGACCGACCUGGAGAAGGAGCUCCGGACAGAAGAGGAACGAGAGGCAAAACGCGUUUCCGACGCGAUUGAUCGCGUGCUUGAGGCGGAGCGACAAACGAUGCGGAAGAAGCGGAGAGAAGAGGUCAGACUCUUGCUGCUCGGCCAGUCCGAGUCUGGCAAGUCCACCCUCCUCAAGAACUUCCAACUCAUGUACACCCCCACCGCCCUCCACGCCGAGGCCGCCGCCUGGCGCGCGGUCGUCCACCUCAACCUCGUCCGCUCCGUCAAUUUCAUCCUCGACUUCCUCACCUCCCACACCGAGCGCAACUCCGCCACGCCCGGGUCCUCCGACGGCCACUCCCACGAGCACGGCGGCCAUCGCCACCGGAUGAGCUCCCUCGCAUCCGGCGCGGGACAGGGCUCGGGCAUCCGACCGAGCGAAGUCCGGCGCUACAAGCUCGCGCUCUCCCCGCUGCUCCAGGUCGAGGUCAUCCUCGUCCGCCAGCUGCGCGCCGCGGACUCGCCGCGGUCCCCGGUCUCGUCCCCCACCGUCGCUUCGCCCACGAGCGCGACCGGGCACAGCUUCGCGAACGGACUCGGCGCCCGGAGGGGCUCGAAGCCGGAUUUGGGCACCGCCGAGGGCGGCUCGAUGGACCUGGAGAGCGGGGCGCGCGGGGGCAGCUCGGGGGGCACGCGACACACGGGGGUCGUCGUCCCUGGGGGGAAGGGAUGGAAGCAGCUCUUCGGGUCCGGGGGUGCGAACAGGAAGGGCAAGGACUCGGCCGCGGAGGAGCUCGCGGACGCGCGGAGGAUCCUGGACGCGUGCAAGACGCACAUCGCCGCGUUGUGGGCGGACCCCGACGUCCGCGCUGCGCUGCGUGACGCCAGCUACGCGCUGGAGGAGCAGUCCGGAUUCUUCUUGGACCAGGCGCUGACUGUGGCAGAUGCAUCCUAUGAGCCGACGGUGGAAGACAUCCUACGGGCGCGCCUCCAGACUGCCGGUGUUGAGGAGCAUCGGCUGAUCAUGGAGACAUCGGCGGAACAUGGGCAACAGUGGGUCUUCUACGACGUCGGUGGUUCUCGAGGCCAACGUGCUUCAUGGGUGCCAUUUUUCGAAGACGUCAACGCCAUUAUUUUUAUGGUUUCCACGGCCGGCUUCUGCGAGGUACUCGCCGAGGACCGCUCAGUUAACCGGCUGGCGGAUUCGUUCAAUUUAUGGAAGACCAUCUGCUCAAGCAAGCUUCUCAUCUUGGUCCACUUCAUGUUGGUGCUGAACAAAAUGGACAUCCUCAAGACGCGACUCACAAGUGGGAUCGAGUUUUCAUCGUUUGUGCCAAGCUAUAAGGGCUCCAACGAUGUUGAGGGUGUCACAGAGUACCUGAAGCGCAAAUUCACCGUGCUGCACCACCACCAUUCCCCCCAGAAGCGGCACCUUCACGUGCACUCUACGUGUGCCAUAAAUGUACAAAUGACUUCGGCCGUACUCACCAACAUCCGAAACACUAUCCUCGUCAACUCACUCACCUCGACACACAUCAUUUGA